GAUUUUAGAGUUUGAUGUGUUGAUUUCUGGGUCAGGCUUGUGCGGAGAUGUUGGAGUUCAUGGAUUAUGUGCAGUUUGCAUUUUACAAUGCGACGAAGUGGAAUUAUGAGAAUUCAUAUUCGCAGUUGACAGCUACUGCUAAAGCACUUCUGGAUUUUGAGACCCCAGGCGGUCUGCGAUUUAAUCUCUCCUCACUCAGCUCCCCCAACUUCGCAACUUCAUAUGCACUAGGUAGUGUCGGGCUUGUAGAUGGCUCUCUCUCCUAUCUUUAUUCCUCGUUGCCUCUUCGUACCACUUCGCAGAGUGCGAAGAUCGAUUUAUAUCAGAUAAUACGAGGAUAUCGACAAAUCCAGGAGCUUAGAAAGGUUGAUGAAUCAUGGAUGUGGGAGCAAUGGCACGGGGGCAGACGAGUUGACCAACGGGAUACAUUACUUUAUGGACGACUUUAUUUGCCGCAGAGUACGCUUGAAGCGUUGUAUUUGAGAAGGAUCAGUCCGACGCAACAAGUGAGGAUUACGGCUGUUAGUGAUAGUAGGUUAAGAAAUGGAGGAACUGUGUUAGCUUUGCAUCAGUACGAUACAGGAAAAUACAGUACUGAGACGCUGUAUUCGACUGAUGGGGGGUUAUUGGGAUUGAGAGGGCUGUAUAAUUUUGGACCGGAUCCAAGGAAAGAAAUUACGGAGCCGCCGAAACAGAUGUCAAGAAUCGAUGAUAAAUUCUAUGGACGAUUCAGCGCAGGAGCAGAGCUUUAUUAUGGAACUUUGAACAAAUCGGGAGGGGUUAGUGUUGGAGGAAGGUUUGCCACAUUGCCGGCGCAUAAGGGAAUACCUUUGACAGCCACUUUGACGCUGAAUCCAUUGAUGGGAAAUAUCAGUUCGACAUAUGCUGUAAAAGCAGGCAAGAACUUAUCCCUAUGUUCAAGGUUAGACUUCAAUGUCUAUAGCUACGAGAGUGAUUUGGUCCUUGGAUGCGAAUUGUGGAAGAUGAAAGCACCGGUCGAGGAGCGCAGAGAGAGGAGUAUGGAAGCAAAGCUUGCAUGGAAACUCGACGAAGUGGAUUUAGAAAAGGAGAAGAAACCUGAAGAGGUCGCCGGAGUUUUAAAAGCAAGAAUUGACCAGAACCUGAAGGUUGGCUUGGUAUGGGAAGGUAGAGUCAAGGAGUUAUUGUUUACUCUGGGAACUUCGAUUGAUAUGAAGAGGAGAGAUCAACCGUUCAAGGCCUUGGGACUGGAAUUGCAAUAUUCUUCAUGAACAAUUCGGCUGUUCGAGUACCCAGGUAGUACCAACACAUUUCGUUUCACAGGGCUGAUAUAGUGCCGCUUCCGUUAGGCGAGCUCGGGAAGAUCAGGCGAGGUUUAUAUUCUUGUGAAACACAAGCAAAAUCCGAAAAGAACUCGACUCGUACAGCAACGUCUCGACCAAGACACCGGAAAAUGUCGGUGUGCCAUGUCGUACUGACAAUAUGGAUGGCUCAAAGUUGGAAAUUCCAUUCGGAAGACUACCUUGGCGACAUCGGAUUUAUGGAGUUGCAAACUUUGCAAUCAUUCCUCGAUCUCAAUCGAAUAUCGGAGUCAGAAACUCCCUCGCACCAUUUUUAGGGAUCCACUGUGAUUAGAUGCUAUGGAAAGCAUUCCGAUAGUCGUACAUGAACAGGAUGGCUGUGAACGCAACAGAACGGUCAUAUUUGAUAAGAUGAGCAAUCUAUGAAAGCAUUGGCUGUCAUUAAAUCAGCAGGCUAUCCAACCAAAGAAAAGGCAAGGUUGUAGGAUAAGAUAUUUCAAUCCCGAUGUUGAGAAGGGAAUGAUGAGAUCAGAGAAUCCACACCAGAAUGAAAUAUUGUUAAACUCCACGUCCUGAAUGGAGACACGGAGACUGAGGGGGAAUAAUCCACAGAUGUGAUUCACGUGACAUAAACCUUUCCGUUUGUUGUCUCCCGAGGUCGGAGAUCCUUCCGAAUGGUUACAGUUUUUGAAUAGUUUACCUAGUAGUAGAUGGAAGCUAAUAGUACAGUGAUAAUCGACAUGAUGCGAAGCACAUGCAACAGACCGCUUCGUGCACGCGGCACCACCAGACUUUGGUACAUUUAGUGUUACCUGGUUGUAACGUCAUUUGGAAGAAAGUUCAUCUUAUCUUUGAAUCAAUGUUUCUCUUUUGGCAGGAUCACCUGCAUUUUGACAUGUCAACUAUCGGGCAAAGGUCAUUCAAGCACUUUUGGUACCCGAAGUCCAACAUAUAACGUGAUCCGAGCCGUAGCCGCUGCAGGCGACCGAGCAGUAAUUUCCUAGAAGUUGAUGAUUCUGGUACUUUGAUGCGACACUAUUAUACCGUCGGCAUCUAGUACGAUAUAUGUAACCAAAAGCACAAUGGUCAUGGCAUACGAGGUACUCACUGUACUGACAUAAUGACGGCAUUACUGAAGUAAAGAAAA